AUGAACAAUGUCUUCAAAGCUAAGAACAAAUUAGGUCUUGAAACCGCAACUGAUUUAUUCUCCGAGAAGAAUCGGCUCGGACACGGCGGAUUUGGCCCUGUCUACAAGGGACUGAUGCCGAGUGGUGAAGAAGUAGCUGUGAAGAAACUAUCGGUGAAUUCUAGACAAGGGUCGAGAGAAUUCACGAACGAGGUUAAGCUUUUGCUUAGGAUUCAACACAAGAACUUGGUUUCGUUGCUGGGUUGUUGCUUCCAUGGUCCCGAGAAGAUGCUGGUUUACGACUAUCUCCCUAACCGGAGUCUUGAUUAUUUUCUAUUUGAUAAAAUAAAUCUCAGUUUAGUUGAUUGGUACAGUCGAUGGCGAAUAAUUAUAGGCGUGGCAAGAGGACUGUUAUAUCUACACGAAGAAGCUCCGAUUCGAAUACUCCACAGAGAUAAAGCCAGCAACAUUCUUCUAGAUAAUGACUUGAACCCGAAAAUCUCUGAUUUCGGUUUGGCCCGGUUGUUCCCAGGCGAUGGCACUCAUACCAAUACUUUUAGAAUCUCUAGGACUUAUGGUUACAUGGCUCCUGAGUAUGCCUUGCACGGGCUUUUAUCUGUCAAAUCAGAUGUUUUCAGCUUUGGAGUCUUGGUUUUGGAGAUAGUCAGCGGAAGAAAGAACCAAAUUCCUCGUCUUGGACCGGAGAUGGCCGAUCUCUUGAGCUAUGCGUGGAAGAUGUACCAAGAAGGCAAAAUUCUGGCAUUGGUGGAUCAAUCUCUAGCAGGAGUAUACAACUGCGACGAAGCAGCCACAUGUUUUAUAAUAGGGUUGCUUUGUUCCCAGCAAAUCACAUCAAAUAGACCGGACAUGAACAUGGUUCAUCAGAUGUUAUCUAGCAAUUUAUUCGAUUUUCCUAGACCGGGUCGUCCUGGAGGUCGUAGAGGAGGCGGUUAUACAAGUACCAGGACCGGUACAGGAGGCGGUUCAAAAUUUUUUGGAUUAACCAGUAGCAAACCAAACAGUUUUAAUAGUAGAAGAAGUAUUGGAGGAGGAGCGCCCGGACAGAAUAGCGUUGUUGAGGAGUACUCGAGGACCUCCAUUACCAUGUCUUCCUUCGCCGAAGGAAGAUGA